AUGGCGACAAAUAAUUAUGCUUAUGAUAGAGAUUUGGAGCUUGCGCUGGAACUUAGUAGGCAGUCAUAUGAAGAGGAAUCACGGAAGAGGAGAGAAAAUGCAUAUGCGCAAGAUUUGAUUUGUUGGGAUGAUGUUGAAAAAAAAUCUGCUAUUCAAGAAAUUAAUCAGCCUAACGACGAUAUUCAUAGCCGCUGUCUCACAUACACCCACACAUUUUCAAAUGGACAAGCACCUAAUCAUGCGAACAUUCCAACAACAUCAAAAAACAUUGGAUUUUAUCGGCACAUUGAAGAUAGACGGGAAGGACUGAAGUCAGAUGUGCGUUAUCUGAAUGCUCCUGAUCCACAACCUUCGGGAAUCACUCGAGCUGAGGAGGGAGAUGAUGCUCCGGAUGCUGGUCUGAAAACGUUAUCUUCGUCGAACAAUACAGUUGUUGUUCCUUUCUGUUCCUCUGUUAACAGUUUGCAAACAAACAGCGAUUUGAUUGAUCUAAGCGAUAAAGAACCUUGGGAAGAAUUUGACCCGCUUUGUAUUACUCGUUCUACUGGGAUUCGUGAAACUUCAUCGAAGUGUGAUCAAACCAAAGACACGGGAAACAAAAAUAAUGAUUCCUCGCCAUUUUUAUCUACAUUGGAACUAUCGCAGUCAAUUUCAUCGUCUCGCUUUGUUGUUGGUGGUACAGGUAGAGAGUCAGCUCCUUGUAAACCUCCCAGAGGACAGAAGAAUGAACGAAAUGAAUUUGGAGAUUCUGUCGAAAGAUAUCAAAUUGAUUUUGACGAAAUACAGUUGCAAGAAAAGCUAUCAGAAGUUGAUCGUGAGAUUGCUUCUCUUCUCCGUCGUUCGCCUCAGCAAUGUGAUCCAAUAUCAAGGCGUUUUAUAUCACCUGUCGUGGAUUACUUAAUAACAAGUUUUAAAGUUACCAGUGUAAAAGUAAUUGUUGAGAAAGAUUACAGUUGGCCAACAAUAUUAAGCGCAGAUGAUAGAAUGACAUUCACCUGCGAAACUACAAGUACAAUCCAGUACAUUUUGGCAAAUGUAUUAAAUACAUUCCUUGAUCCUUCACAAAUCAGUAUGCUGCAGGAUCGUUUACCGGUCGAUGAAUAUGGUCUAAAAAUUUAUGGAUUGGAUGAAUUUCUUCUUAGCAGUUCUCAGCUUGGUGAAAAUCCAUUUGUCGGACAAGCACUUGCUUUUGGGAAAGACAUACGGCUUGAAGUUGGCAAAAUAGCAAAUGACAAUCGGUCCAAAAGAAUGCAGCAGCUUGAUUCACCAAGUGCUAGUGGCAGUUUAAGACGUUCUUUCCAAACCAGUUCGAAGAAGCCUGAUUCUGUAGUGCGAACAAUGGCAAAUGUUCAAGAAAUUUUGGAUACACUGAAGAAUUCUUUGCGUAGUUGUACGGCCACACAUCUUAAUAGCAGUGCACUGAAGAAUAAAGAAAGAGUAAACCAAUCAGUGAAACUUCUUUGUACUGUUCUCGGGCGCAUUAUGCCGACCGAUCUUUCCGGAGCUCUGCGUUUAUUUCUUGCUGCAGGAACAGCUGUACAACUUUCAAACUCAGUCACAGAACUUCUCACUGCUGUGCAUAACUUUCUUGGUAUAUAUUGCAAAUCUGUACGAUGUGGUUUCGAUGUUCUAUCUUUGCAGACAGUCUUGAAUAGUGAGCGUGAACAACGGGAAAUCCUAACAGUGGAUGAGCAAUUAUUAGUGCACGUUGAUUCAAUCCACAAUAUACCACGAGAAUGGUCACAGCAGUUCAGUUUGUUCUCUGUUGCUGUCCAUGUAAUGCAUGGAACGGCAGAAAUAUGUCGAGGUUUCAAAGAAAAUCCCCGACCGAUAAUUAAUGAUCAUUUUUUCCCAUACUGUCGGACUAAUACAUGGGCCUGUUUUCGCAUCCCACUUUGCGUUCUACCGAGAGAAACACGCAUUUUUAUCCUGCUUUAUGGAACUGGCAAUUCAGUUUGCGGUGAUCAUAUUCAUUCAUCGAAUGUGUUGACUGAACCGCAAACAUUACUCGAAAAGCAGCUUGCUUGUGCUUCUUUCCCACUGUUCGAUCAUGAAGGCUUACUUCGACAAGGAUCUCUUCUUUUACCGCUAUCUGUUAUUAACGGAAAGGUGGUUCAUCCAUGGGGUCCUCGACCAUUGUUCGAAACAGAAGAUGAUCUCGUUGUGCUCGUUACAUUACCGCAACUACAUUAUGAUGUUAUUUUCCCAUCUGUCAGCUACGGCGAUAAUAGUCUGAAACGUGAUUUCAAUUCUCUUGAUUCGGAUACACAACAGAAUUUGCUUGACAUUGUAGAAAGCGGAGUUACUCACAGUUUAACCGAAGAUGAAAAGGAAACGUUGUGGGAAAAACGACAUUAUUUGACUCAGAUACCUAACGCUUUGCCUUUAGUACUUGCUUCUGCCGUUGGUUGGGAUUGGGCAUCAUUAACAAAUAUUUAUCAGUUGCUGGAUGAUUGGAUGCCGUUGAGUUCAGUGCAAGCAAUCGAGCUUCUGCUUCCGCAUUUCCCUGAUCUCACCAUUCGUUCAAAAGCCAUAUCAUGGCUUAAAAAUGCUUCAUCUGACUUUCUAUUCAAUUUUCUUCCCGAAUUAGUCGAGGCUUUGCGAUUUGAAACAUUCGAAGAUUCUUCAUUAGCUGUGUACUUACUGACGCUUUGCGCUGGUGACCGUCGUUUUGCUUUCGAACUUUACUGGCAGUUGCAACAGCGAAUAGACCAGAGUCAAGAACGGAGUUAUUCAAAUAGAUGCAGUUUAUUGCAGCAACAAGUUCUUAACUUAUUAGACGAAGAAUUUGGUAUUGAUAUUGAAAAUCAGCAUAGCCUUUUGCAAGCGUUAAAUGCUGUGUCUUGUGAAAUGAAAGAUGCAGGCGACGCCAGUAAAAUGCAGUUGACUCUUCAACGACAUCUUGCUUUAUUGGAUGCUCGAAUACUAGAAAACAACGUACGCCUUCCUCUUUUGCCCUCAUUUUUAUGUACUGGCAUAAAUGUAUCAGAAUCGAGUUAUUUCAAUUCACUGACAAAGCCGAUAAAAGUAACAUUCAAAGGCUUAAAAAGUUCAUUUGCAAUUCUGUAUAAGGUUGGUGAUGAUAUGAGGCAAGAUGCAUUCGUGUUACAAUUAGUGAAAAUGAUGAAUGAUAUAUGGUUAAGCCAGGAGCUUGACCUUAGAAUGGUCAUUUUCCGCUGUAUACCUUUUGGAAAUAAAAAUGGAAUGGUCGAACUGGUUCCUGAUUGCCGUACGCUAUGUGAGAUUCAAAGUGCUGUUGGUGCUGCUGGUGUAUUUAAAGAUGAUCUGCUCAAAAAAUGGCUCGAAAUGCAUAAUCCUUCUGAAUUUCAAUAUAAAAUAGCACUGCAGAAUUUUCACUUAUCUUGCGCAGGUUGGUGCGUUGCUACUUAUGUGCUCGGUAUUGGUGAUCGACAUAAUGAUAACAUAUUGGUUACUAGGACAGGCCAUGUUUUUCAUAUUGAUUUUGGCAAAUAUAUGGGUGAUUGGCAAACGGCUGCCGGAUUCCGACGAGAUCGCACACCCUUCAUUUUUACAAGUGAUAUGGCUUACGUCAUUAACGAAGGUUCGCCUCAAUCAGCAACAAGCCGUUAUCAGCAUUUCGUUGAUAACUGUUGUAAAGCUUUCAAUUUACUUCGAAAGAAAUAUUCAUUACUCGUAAAUCUUAUGAAAAUGAUGUCUUGUUCGGGUAUCGCUGGCAUGAAUUUGGAAGCUGUCAACUUUGUGCAAAGCAAUUUGCUUUUAAAUUUAACUGACACACAAGCAACUGUUCAGUUUACACGAAUGAUUGAAGAAAGUUUGAAAAGCAAAUUUCCUCGGUUGAAUUUUCUCGCUCAUACUUUGGUGCAGAUGAGGAGUACGCCAUCAAUGUUACGAGGCGGAUACGAUGAUCCCAAUAAACUUUCUUUCAUUCAGCAAAUAUAUACAAUGAAAGAUGAAGGUCGCAUCACAAGAGCUGACGUGCUGGCGUUUGAGAAAUGGCAUAUACCGGAAAAAGUUUAUAUGUACAAAGUCGAAGUGAACCGAGAGAACGAAACGGUCUGCGGUAUUGUGUAUAGGUCGUUUGUGGAAUUCAAUGAACUUUAUAUCAAAUUGUGCAGGAGAUUUCCAUUUGCACAUUUGCCACCACUCUCGCAAGGAACGAAUGUUGGUCGCUCAAAUAUACGCAAGGUUGCAGAAAGAAGACAAGCGGAUUUGCAGCAGUUCCUAAAUGUUCUCUUUGAAUAUCAUCCUGAAGUAGCAAGUAGUGAUUUGGUCUACUCAUUUUUUCACAUGAUCUUUCGCGACAGUGCGCCUGAAGAGUCGAAUCAAUUUUUGCAGUUAGCGGAAGUGGAUAAGGACGAUAUACCGUCGAAGAAAGUAACUGGUCGCAUUUUUUUGAGACUUACUUAUGAUCAGCAGGAUAGAGAUUUGAAUGUAUUUAUUGGUCACGUCAGAGGAUUAAAAAUCAUUAACGGCCAAGCGCCAGAUUCAUAUGUUAAAACAUAUCUGCAUCCCGAUCCGCAAAGAAGUUCGAAACGAAAGACUCAUGUUGUAAAAAAUACCCAAAUGCCAACCUUUAACGAGGAGUUGAAUUAUCAAUUGUUUUCUGAUAUGAAUUUGGUUGACCGGGCACUAGAAGUAUCAGUCUGGAACUGUGGUUCAUUGGUUGGCGAAAAUUCAGUGAUUGGUUCUGUGCAUAUUCCGUUGCGUAAGCUGUUGGAUAUCCCUAUGGAUCGUAAAGGGAUCAAAAUUCUAGAUGGUUGGUUCAAUUUGAGUACAGGUUCACGAUAA